AGCGCACAUCACCAGUUACAACCUCCACACGCGCUCACACACACACACCGCCAUCCUGCCUGUGACACACGGCUGGUUAGCUAGCAAGCUAACUAACGUUGCUUCUCAUCAACCGGCGGCGUUGUCGUUGUGUUUGAAUUUUGAUAUCUUCGUACUGUUAUGUGCAGACGUGAUUAUCAUUGAAAUAACGGAUUAUCUGCAUCUCUCCUCGGCUGACCGGGAGCCGCCAUGGAAUGCCGUGUUCUGUCCAUACAGAGCCAUGUAGUCCGGGGAUAUGUGGGCAACAAGAGCGCCUCUUUCCCAUUACAGGUUUUAGGUUUUGAGGUGGACUCCAUUAACUCUGUCCAGUUCUCCAACCAUACAGGUUAUUCCCAUUGGAAAGGCCAGGUGUUGACAGCAGAUGAGCUCCAUGUUCUUUACGAAGGAAUCAAACUGAACAACGUACACCACUAUGACUAUGUUUUAACAGGGUAUACCAGAGACACAUCUUUCUUGGAGAUGGUGGUGGACAUUGUUCAGGAGCUUAAGAGAGCCAACCCCAACUUGGUGUAUGUGUGUGACCCUGUCCUCGGUGAUCAUGGAUCUAUGUAUGUUCCUCAGAAUCUCUAUCCAGUCUAUAAGAACAAGGUGGUUCCUGUUGCUGACAUUAUUACUCCAAACCAGUUUGAGGCUGAGUUAUUGACAGGGAAAAACAUCAGCACAGAGAAAGACGCUGUAGAGGUAAUGGACCUUCUCCAUGCUAUGGGCCCGGACACAGUGGUCAUCACCUCCUCUGAUCUUCCCUCCAGACUGGGAGAUCGCUUCCUGGUGUCGCUGGGCAGCCAGCGUCAUGUUCGUCCAGACGGCAGCAGGACAACACAGAGAGUUCGAAUAGAAGUCCCCAAAGUGGACGCUGUCUUUGUAGGAACUGGAGAUUUGUUUGCUGCUAUGCUGCUAGCGUGGACACACCACUACCCUAAUGACCUAAAGACGGCCUGUGAGAAGACUUUUUCAGUGAUGCACCAUGUCAUCCAGAGGACCAUAUCUUAUGCCCACGAGUUAGCUGGUCCUGGUCGGAGGCCCAGUCCACCCCAGCUGGAGCUGAGGAUGGUUCAAAGUAAAGCUGACAUAGAAGACCCUGCUAUAGUUACGGAGGCCACGGUCAUAUCCUAACAUUACCCACCCAUAAGACUCAUACUAACCUUGUCCUCUUCACCCAUAAAUCUCUCAAAUCCUGUAUCUCAAUGAAUCUCUCAUCACUGUAAACCUUGACUCUUAUUUCCUAACUUCAACACCUCAUCAUCCAGAUUCCUUAAAACCCCUUAGUAUUGUAAUCCCUUUAGUCCGUUAACCCUAAACCCUUUGCCCCUUAAACUCCUCAGUGUCCUAACCCCUUAAACCGAACCCUUUACCUGUAACUACUGCGUCCCUUGACCCUAACCUUGUUUGGAACCAGAGCCAUGGAUAGACAGAAGGUUUGGUCUGGUUGGACUGUGGCAGCCUCUUGCUGCCUCUUCUCUAACAGGGUAUGUGAAGUCAGCCGCUUUAUGAAAAGCUGUAGGGUUAAUUUGAAGAAACUGUGAGGAAGCAAGCAAAAUAAAAUUAACUGAGAGGAGGAGCUGCUGUCAGAAGUUUUUUUUUUUUUUCCACUGUGAAUUCACAUUUGAAAAUAUCUAUCAGCACUUGGCUUUGUAUAUAAAGAAAAUUUCUAAAAAUAGGUUAUAAUAUAGUGGGAAUGAUUUGUAGUCAUUUGGAAAAAAUGUUCAAAAAAAUCAAGUGAAUUCCAGCUACUGAAUGUUACAGUACCUAAAAGUUCUCCAAAACUCUACCUCUAAAUUAUUAAAUAUAAACUUGCCUACUUUAUUGCUCUAUUACUGCCAAACCGCUCAACUCACAUACUCUGGUAUGUUACAUUAUUGACAGUGUUGCACUCUAGCAAUGGUCCUCCAUAACAGUUGCUAAGUAGCAGGAUUGCACUGGUGGUACUGUAAAAUUAUAAUGACCAGACACCGUUUAUCUAUGGCUCUGCCCACUACUAUUUCAACCCCCUCCCCGUCUUACAGCAGUGAUGUAAUGGUGACCAAGUCUAACCCCCAAGACCCCUUGACAAUAAUAACAAAGGAAAAAAAAAAAAACGCACAAUGUAUAGUUGAUGUAUAGAUGUUGUACUAUAACUGUAUUGGACCAUCUGUAUGAUAUCUUCUAUCUGAUCUGUCUAUUGGACCAUUGUGUUGAUGCUACUGUACUAUAGACCACACGCACUACAAUAUCACCCAAACCAGAGACAUUUGGGCUGGCUCUGGCACCCUGGGAGGCUCCAGUGGCUCCAGUUGUUGUCACUUGUUAGUAAUAGGUAACUGUCUAAUAGUCAUAGUAUAUAGUUGAACCUCUUUCAUCUCAACAUAAAGAAAAAUGGGCAACCUGAGCUGUCUGAGCUGUCCCUGGCUGAUUUUACUUAUGUCAGACCAAUCAGAAAUCGGCUACCUCAGUGCCAGAACCAACCCACAUCAUGCCGGGCGGUUCCCGGCCCAGCUCUGGCCCAGAACCCUAUAUCUGAGAGUUGUGCCACUGAAUUUACUGGAGGCCUCAAGAAGUAGUAAUAGGAGUCCUUCCUUGUCUCAGCAGGAGACUUCCCCCACAUCUAGUAGCAGCUCUGCAAACGUUUGUUGUAUUUUUGGUUCACUUCACACUCCACACUCGAAAACAGAAAUGGUGCCAGUAAGUCAUGUUUCAACACAAUGGCAGGAGUUAAAAUUUUAAAUAUAAGAUUUAAUAUCUGCAGUACUAUCUGGGUAAACUGAUGCAUGUCUUUUUAGUAUCACCUAAUCUGUCUAUUGUUUUUUCAAUCAAAUAUGGUUUUGUCUAUGAAAUGACAUGAAGUUGUGAAAAAUUUCCCAGAGACCAAGGUGACUUCUUAACUAGUGCCUGCUUGAAAGUUGACUGUUGCCAUACUGUUAAAGCACACAAAAAAUUGUUAGAUUACAACAUGUUUUUAAUACAGUAAAGCGUAUCAAACCUUAUACACAGCACUGUCCGUUUGCUGGCACACACAAUCAAAAAUCAGGACCAUCCUGAUCAAAUCCACAAUGUGGUCACCCAGUGGCUAAGCGGCUGCUAAACUAGCUAACCUAACUUGCUUCAUUGAAAAAGCCAUAUUGUCUUCCCAAUUGUUGUCAGCUGAUUUGAUACUACGCUGUCAAUCUAAAGUUUUCAAUUAUCCUAUGAAAUGAUGCUGGUCAUAAAAAUCUUGUGGUUGAACUGAUAAUUAAUUCUAAAUGGACAUCAUAUUCUGUUUUUCACAGUGGAGUGUGAUAGGAUAGGAGUGAAGAGAACAUGACAUGCGACAGUGGUCAUGAGCAGGUUUCAAACCAAUGAUGUCGCAAGAACUUGGCAUGUGCCUUAGCCCGCUGAGCUACCAGGGCACCACAGGAAAUGAGAUUUUGAUAAGAUUUUAACAUUUUUAAGUUACCUCAGAAUCUUUCUUCCCCUUGUUGCGUCCUGAUUUGAAUGUUCAGUAAUCUUUUAACAACAGGAAACAGCAACAAUCUCAGCUAACUUUGCCUAGCAACAACAUACAGUUUUGGAGACUGGAGGCUUUAAAAAAAAAAGAAAGAAAAAAAGAAUAAGAAAAAUCCAGAUGCCAUCAGUGUCCCACCUGAGCUGGAUGUAAGGUUCUGGGCAGGCCAGUGUAAUUCUGUACUGCUGUUGUUUCUCUAUGGACUGUACUGUGAUACUGCCUUAGGAACCUAACAUCAUAUUGCCACAACACUGCUCACUGAGGAAGAGGAGAGGGAGGAGGAGGGAAACAUGAGAUGUCUUAAAUGUAGGUCCUUUUGACUGCACAUUUCUGUUCUGCAGUGCGCCUGAAAUAAGCAAGGAAUGAGAUUGCAUAUGCUGAAAUUUUCUGUUUGAAUCUAUAGAAAUGUUUGUUAGGUCUGCAAGUAAUGAUUUUCUCCAUUAUUAAUUGAUUAUAUUUAUUAUUCUAUCAGGUAACCAGUUAAUCAUUUGGUUUAUAAAUCAACAGAAAAAUGGCACGAACAACUCCUUGAAAUUGUUCCUACCAUUGAAAUUGAAAUUAUUUUUCCAGCUAACAAUUCAAAGCCCAAACAUAUACAAUUUGCAAUGAUAUAAAAUGCAGAAAAGCAGCAAAUCCUCACUUUUGAGAGGCUGGUACCAGCAAGUUUUUAGCAAAUUUUGCUUCAUAAGUAACUAAACAAUUGAUCAAAAUUGUUGUCUGUUAAUUUUCUAUAAUUGAUUUAACAUUUGAGCACUAAAAUGUUCCUGUUUGGUUUCUGCAUUUUAACUUUAUAGACCAAACAGUUUGAGGUCACACGAAAACACCUCAUGGACUAAUGGUGGGGAAAAAUGCUGUCUCAUUCUUAUUCUUAAAAUUGUAAUAGUAAAUAUUGAUUUUUGUACAAGUACAGCUAUAUUGUGCCACUGUAGCACUGAUUGUCAUAUCAGUAACAGACUGCUGUGUCUGUGCGCUUGGCCAACCAGCUUUCAGCUUUGCUAUAAUUAACAUGUGCACUAUCCAGUCCUCUGCUUCCUGCUAACAAACCAGUCAGCUGUAUUAUCGGGUCGAAAUGUGUUUACCUGUUGUGUCCGUGUGUGUUGUGUGUGAGAGAGUGUAUGUACAUGUGUAUAUAUAAAUGUCCUUUAUGGUCACAGGGUUUUGUGUGUAUGUGUGUGCAUGUGAAAUGAAAGAGGAAAUCCCUGAAAAGUAACACUGACAAAGGUGGGGAACGAGGGAGGAGAAGGGUUAAAAAAAAAGACAGGAAAAGUGUACAUGAGGAGGGGAGGUGAGGUGAGGUAUGUUCAAGGGGACAAUCAUUCUGUGUUGUUAUGCAGUGUUGCACCACUUGUUUCCCCUACCUGCUAAACAAACAGAGGGCUGUUUUUGUUCUGGACUUAUUGAAAGGGGGACUUUCCUUGAUACCUCACAUCUCCUCUUUCUCUUCCUCCCCCUCCACCCAUCCACAUCCAAAUAUCUGUCCACCUCCCCACUUGCCUUCCUGCAGUUGUUGUGUCUGUAUCACUAGUUUUUAAACCUUAGCCUUGCUCUGUGUGUAUGUGUGUGUGUGUGUCCGUGUGUUAGAUUGUUAUACUGUGCCCCAACUUCAGCCUCUCUGCUAGAUCUGUCCCCAUGCUGGUCACAUCAACCUGCCUCUAUCUCCACUUGCUUGCUGUGUCUUUUGUGAUAAAGCUAAACUUCCCUGCACUCUUGUUAAAAAAAAAGAAAGAAAGAAAGAAACUGCUGUUACCCUACCCUGCUCUCCCUGCUUUUAAUAACUCUUCCUCCACCCUAACUGCUGCUUUUGGCUUGUUUUAACUACACUGCAUUUGAUUCCUCUGUUAAACAUCUGGAUUGAGCUGCACCAGCUCUGUAAAUCCUUCACUAAGUUCGUGCAGAAAGUCCAUCCAAAGUUCUUGGUAACCACUAGCUAGUUUCAGACUUGUGAUUGUCUCAAUUAAGCUGUACCAUUUAAAAAUCAGAAAUGUCUUGGUUAGUUCAACCAAAAAGGUAUGGGUUCACUUUAUUCACAUAUGAAUAAAUGGAGAAAUUAGUGAGGAUAAUAGUUAUCAUUCAUGUGGGUAAAAGCGCAGGAAACAUUUUUUCUACUGAGCUUCCUUCUGUGAAUAAUUGGAUUCCUUUGCUCAUUUAGUCUAAUGUUAUUAGCAUAACAUUUUGAAAUAUGAGAUAAAUUGUGUUAUUUGUAAACUGUAACUUAAGGUUUUACCAGUUUACAUCAUAAAUAAACAGCAUUUUGAUGUGUCAGGUCAGUUACUUUUUCAGUCUCUUCUCAAUCUGAAUUGGUCAUACAUGUGCAUUAUCAAGUUUGCAUUAGCUUUGUCUGCUAGCUAGUUUUUCUAUUAGCUAAUAGUAUGUGACAGUAAAUAUUUCGUAACAACGAAUCUCUACAUUGUGCAACCUAUUUUAUUUUAUCACUAUAUAAAUCUCCACUCACUAAGCCCUAACAUAACUUGGAUAACUAAACUAAGUCUACAAACAGCUGAUCUAACAGGCUACUGGUUACUGAUGAACGAAUGAAUAUGGAAACCUGCCCUGUGCAAUCAGGCCCUGUGUCUGUAAUUUAGAUGGUUACAAGUUACCCUGCCUUCCCAUGUGGCUUUGCUUGCUGCUCACAACAGUCCACGCUCUCCACCCUCAUACCUUCCCUCCUCUAUGUACUUGCUGUCAUAGACCCCACCUUCCCCUCAUCCCCGUCCCCGUUUGAUUACAAAAUGUCUGACACUAAAAACUGCAAUGACCCAACCGCCUGUCUCUGACUGUGGUCCUCUCCUCCUGAUGGACAGUUUCAUUUCCACCAUCUUGUUUUUCUGUUCUUGGUGGCCAAAACAAAACAUAAAACAAAACGAGGAAAUGUAUAAUCAUUGUUUGGUAACUGUUUUUAGUGCUAUGUUUUUGGAGCGUUACGAGUAUUUUCUAACAUGUUACAAUAAAAGAUUGUAGUGUACAAAUUCACAUUUAUAAAAUAUAUAUAUAUAGAUAUAUAUGAGAAAUGUAUGUUCUAAUGCAAUAAAGAGAGAUUAAGAAUUAUGAAAAUUG